AUGGCGCCGGAGCUCGGCGUCGUGCUGCUGGAGCUGGUGUCCGGGCAGGAGCCGGUGCGGUACAAGCUGGUCAACCGGGGCACGGGCGAGUACGAGAGGACGUCGCUGAUCGACACCGCGGCGGCCGCCGUCGCGGAGGGCGACGGGGAGGGGAUGCGGCGGUGGGUACUGGCCGUAUCCUCCAAUCCCCAUGCAGUUCACCAAUCACCACUCACCGUCAUCGAUCGCGUUCCGUUCGCAGCCUGUGGCGUGGCGGUGGCGCCGCGCGAGCUCCUGCUCCUGCUCGGCUCACAGCCACUGCGGCCAGGGCUGCGGUGCCCGUGCCAGCCACCAACGCCAAGAGGAGGACGCCACGGUUCGUUAGCGUCAGGUGCGUCGGCGUCGGCGGCGCGGAAACGCUGCGCUCCAAGGACACCGAGCCGGCGGUGUCGACGGUACCGCGGUCCGUGCCAGUGCGCGUCGUCUACGAGCUGCAGCAGGCCAGACACCGCUACCUCGACGUACGGUACGGACGGCACAGCACAGCCACGCUCCCUGUUUCACCUGUCGGUUCUGAAUCCGAUGGUAGUUGAGAGACGCGGCGUUGAAGAGCAAGAGCACACAUUUUUUUACAGUUGA